ACACAGAAACCUGCUAGUUAAUUAAAACCUCCCACCCGUUUCUCCCAACCCAGCGGCUCGGCGCACGCAUCCCACGCCUUCCCCCAGAAAUGGCGAAGCCGCCGCCGGCGGAGGAGGAGGCUGCGGCGCUACGAAGACGGCUGCGGAGACUCGUGGCCACCAUCACCGCCGGUGGUGCCGGCGCUGAGGCGUUCGACGAGGCGGCCGCGGCUCUCGCAGCGCUCAGGGAGGCGCAAGUCGGCGGGAGCCGAAAGGGUGCCCCCGGAGAGGAGACUCGAUCCGCGAACGAGGCGGAGUCCGUGCCGGCGCAGUUCUUGUGCCCGAUCUCGUCCAAGAUCAUGAGGGAUCCCGUCGUCGUCGAGUCUGGGCAGCAAAUGUCGGUGCUCAGGAUUUCCUAUCGUUAUGGUUUAAAACUUUCAGUUAUUGAACAUAAAUGUGAUCACUUAAUUACUGUUCUUGAAUCUUCAUUCCUGACCUACGAUCGUCGUUACAUCGCGGAGUGGUUUAGUGCAGGGAACCAGAUGUGCCCGCAGACCCAGCAAGUGCUCUUAAACACAACUCUGGUUCCUAACCUCCUCAUUCGGAGCCUGAUAGCAGAGUGGUGCACGGAGAAUGGGUUUGCCCUUUCACCACUUGAGAACCAGGAGGAAGAUCAUACUUGCAACAGUGAGCAGAGAACAUUUGAUGAAAUAUUCAACAAGAUAACUUCAUCAUCAAACAGUACUGAACGGAAGCAAGCAAUUAAGGGUCUUCGGCUCCUUACCAAGCGCAGCAGUGAAUUUAGAGCUGUUUUAGAAGAGAGGCCAGAUUCCAUAUCACAAAUGACCUUUGCACGGUUUUCUAACCCAGGAUUACAAAAUGAUCCACAAGUAGUGGAGGACAUGGUGACUAUAAUUCUCAACUUUUCACUACAUGAUAGCAAUAAGAAAAUAAUUGGAGAUGACCCAGAAGCAAUCCCGUUUCUCAUAUGGGCACUAAAAUCAGGAGACAUGGGGAGCCGCAGCAAUUCGGCAGCUGCCAUCUUCACUCUGUCCGCUCUUGACUCCAACAAGGAGAAGAUUGGUGAGUUAGGGGCAAUUGAACCUUUGAUUGAUCUUCUUGAACAUGGCAGCAUCAUAGCAAAGAAAGAUGCGGCAUCAGCUAUUUUCAAUCUUUGUAUGCUCCAUGAGAACAGAUCAAUAGCUACAAGGGGUGGGAUCGUCGAUGUGGCAAUCAGAGCCAUCGGAGAUCAGUCUCUUGUGGAGGAAUUCUUGGCUAUACUUGCUUUAUUGUCAAGCAACUAUGACAUGGUAGAGCUCAUGAUAGAGUUUGGUGGUGCCACUUGUAUGCUCCAAGCAAUGAGGGAGAGUGAGUGCAAGCGCAGCAAAGAGAACGCGGCGGUAGUCCUCUUCUCAAUCUGUAUGUACAAUAGGGCAAAGCUGAAAGAGAUCGAGACAGACGAGAAUACAAAUGGCUCACUGGCUUCUCUUGCACAGAAUGGGACUCCAAGAGCAAGGAGGAAGGCUGCCGCCAUCCUGGAGAUGAUGAAGAAAACAAAAAACAUGCACAUGCACAACAGGCAUAGUUCUUGUUAGGAUCGGCAACAGAGAUGUAGUUGGAGGGAACAAGGAGGAUGUUCAGUUGGUGUACAUAUUGAGAUACAUACAGAGCCAUCUUCCUUUUCAGUAUAUAGGCAUUGUAUAGAUGCAAAGCUAGUGCUAAAGGAUUUUCUCACUGGAACAGACAGCUCUUGUUCAUUUGAAAAAUACAGCGUCGUGAAUUUU